AGAAAUUUCGUGGCGGCGGCGACCACAGUGCUACUCAUCCGUGAAGUUUCCUAUCCGCUUCGCGCUUCGGCGAAUGCCGAUCAUCUCCUCCGGUGAGUACAAAAUCCUCUAAUCGUCCGUCCAUCAGAGUUGGGAGAGAGUGACAAACCCUAAUAUCGAGCUAGGUUUAGGCAAAAUGGAAGAUGCAGGUCCUGAACAACUUCAACCAUUCACUGGAUCAGUAGAGCAUCCAAAUGCUGAAGCAUCUUUUUCACCAGCCAUUCCACCUGAUCAGAGCAAUGCACAUGUUUUGAUUUCAGCAGAUGAUGGUUCUGAUGAUCUUUGGUGGGAAGAUGAAAAUGAAGGUUCAGAUGAUGGCUUCAGCCGUGCAUCUCUCUUGAACCGGGAAUGGCAGAGAAGACAUGAACAAUUCCAUACAAUGGGUUACCGAGAUGGCAUUGCAGCAGGUAAGGAGGCCUCUGCACAAGAAGGUUUCAAUGAAGGAUUUAAGCAAUCUGUGCACAUCGGAUAUAACUGGGGCCUUGUUCGAGGCAUUACUAGUACCCUAUCCAGCCUUUCAGAUAACUUGAAAGGAAAGCUGGUGGGAGAUCCAGAGAAAAGAGAGAGUUUUCAAAACUUAUACUCAUCAGUGCAAAAGGUUUCAACCAAUGAUGCGCUUAAAAUGUUUCAUGAUAGCAUCAAGCAUUCGGGAUCUAGACAAUCCAUUGAUUUAGUGGAAGAUUUCCAACAACUGACUGUGACUGGUGAAGGGAUCAGAAAUGAGCAAUUGGAUACUCAUUUUAAAAGAGCUCAUGUUGCUUAUAUCUGAAUGUCCAGAAAUCAAAGUUACUGAAGAAAUAGGCCAUAAGAUGGUUGGGCAACCUUCAGGUUAAAUCAGAAAAUUUUUUCUCGAGUUUGGAUUUGUUGGAUGCUGAGCAUCUAUAUGUUUGUGUUGAACAUGGUUUGGUUUCAUCGGGUAACAUGAUUUGCGAUGAAUAUGGGCUGCAGUUUUAUAAAAUGUUGCCCUCUUAUUGUUAGAUCACUUCAAUUAUGGUUAUUCUAAAUAGGUUAUGGUGGUCUAUUGUAUUAGAUGUCCAUCAAAUAGUUGUUGUUCCUUAUGUAGGUCAAUUCUAUUAUGUUCAAGUUGAUACAAAGUCUUCCAGACAAUGUUCAUAUUCUUGUUGAUGUUAAUUGUACUGUAAAACCAUUUUGUUUUAAAUUUAACCAAUGGAAUAUUUGAUCUUGUUAAGCACAUGCUCAUCAAUUGUUUGGCAACUAUGCUGAGUUUGCUUUUACUUUUUAUUUCUUGCCAUCAAAUUGCACGUUGGUGUUGGACAUUUACGGAUUGAAUUUUGCUUGCACCUGAUAUGUUCUAUCACAACCAAGUUUUUAUCUGUGGUUUCCUUUUCUUUUAAGCAAUUUUCUCCAGAUGGAUUCACCAUGCAUUUGAAUAUGAGUGCCAGCCUCAAUUCUGUUACUAUUUGCAAACACUUUGAUACUAAGAUGACCAUUUUGAAGUAGAUGAGGUUCCACUGGUGACUAUUCACCCAUUUGACAGGACUCAGAUGACUAGUGGUCACAAAUGCAAAGAACUCUAGAUUAUUUAUACGUCCAGCACUGACUCACAACAUCCUUUUUGCUUUCUAGGAAAUCUAAGAAUUUCCACUGUUUCUGAUAUGCAUCUACUCAAACUUUAAUUGAAAGUAGUUGAGAAUUGUCUCAGAAUUUACUCUGUUACAGUAUAGCAUGGUAUUAGUAUUUCUUGCCUCUGUAAUUAGACUUUACGCUCUGCUGUGUGGACUUGGGAUACACAGGCUGCAGGUUUUUUAAAUAUAUAGGUGGACAAUUUCAUAUUAUUUUUUAUGUCUAAUAUGUGAAGUACUGCCUUAAUGUUCAGCGAUAGACAGAAGACUUAGCAUGUUAAAUUUUAUGAAACAAUGUUAACAUUAAUGAUUAAGCUGGAUGCCCUCCUUUAUGAACUUAACUUUCUGAAGAUUGUAGGCAAUAAACAUUGACAGAGACGCAUGAGGGCAAUGUUGAAUACAACAAUUUCACAUCUUUAUUGAUUGAAUCGAACAGGCCCAUGAUCAAAUUUUGUUCUACAAAGGCUUUGUUUAUUGAUUUAUGUUUAAAUAACCUAUGGUUGCCCAGAACUUUCGAUUGCCAGAAGCUUUGACUUGGUUUUCAUCUCUGUUGCAUGAUCAGUAAGUUGGUGCUGCAGAACAUUGCUGGAAAGAUGCCAUUUUUUUAAUUUUGAUUAAUACCAAGAUUUUCUUCAAUUCGAUCCAGGAAAUUUCGGAUUC